AGGAGACAACACAACACAAAAAAAUCCUCUGUAACAGCCAGUGGAAGAACCCACUGGCCUUUUAUAUUUGUAAAUAAUUUAACUUCUACAAUACAUGCAUGGCUGCUUAGUUCUUGCCACUUGUGGAACUUUUGCAGUUGUGAUUGAAGAGGAGGGGAGAGAUUCCCAAAAUUUGGGAAGAUGGAGCGCUUUUUAAGGAGGUGGAAAAUGCUAUUAGUGUUUUUUUUUCUACUGCACUUCACCACCAUUCAAGCAGCUCAUUCCAUUGAUGUUCUACAAGUGUUGGAGCUAUCUGAGAACAUGGAGGGCGUAUCCAUGCAUCCUGGUCUCUGCAGCAGCCGGAAGGGUGUAGAGGGAACCCAGCGGGCCUACAAAAUAGACCAGAAGAUUCAGCUUAGUGCUCCCACCAAACAACUUUUCCCUGAUUCCAAAUUCCCUGCAGAUUUCUCCCUGAUGGCCACUGUGCGAGCCCAAAAGGGUUUGCGUUUUUUCCUGCUGUCAGUGUACAAUGAGCAGGGGGUGCAGCAGUUGGGGCUUGAAGUGGGUCCUUCGCCUGUUUUUCUGUAUCAGGACCAGCACGGGCACCCCAAACCAGACAUAUACCCCACCUUCAAGGGCAUCAACCUGGCUGACGGAGGCUGGCACAGGAUAGCGUACAGCGUUAAGGGUGACUCCGUCACCCUCUUCUUGGAUUGUCAGAAGGUUGACACUGUAAAGCUAGCACGAGGAGGAGAAGCCAUCAUCACCACGGAGGGCAUCACAGUGUUUGGAUCACGACUUGGGGAUCGAGGUGUAUUUCAGGGAGAAAUUCAGCAACUGCUGAUUCACGAGGAUCCCCAGGCGGCUGCCAACUACUGUGUCAAAUACAUGCCAGACUGCAACUCUGCUUUGCCCCACACCGGCCAAGCCCUGGACCUUCUUCAAGGGAGUGACCAGCCAGAAGAACCAGCCAAAAAGGACAGGAAGGGCAAAAAACACAAAAGGAAUGGUGACAGGGGCUCUAAGAGAAAAGGCAAACGCAAGGGCAAGGGCAAGGGCAAGAGAAAAGGCAUGAAGGGAUCCAGGAAGAAAAAACACCAGGAGGAGGGACUUUUGGAGGACAGCUUCAUUAGAGUGUCCACAAUGCUGCCCGAGUUUCUGUCCCAGGAACCAUUUUUGGACGUGCAAAGGACUCUAGGAGCUGUCACUCCCACAAAAGCCUACGAGGAUGAGACCUUCAUGGAGAUGCCUCCACAUGAGCCCUCAACUGAAGCCCCCUCACCAAGCACCAUGGAGGUUUCUGUUGAGGAGGAGAAGUCAUUGAACAGCCCAGAGGUGGAGUAUGGUGAUGACCUUUACAGCGCUCUCUCUGUUUCCAUAGUAACAGCAGGCACAAAUAUUACAGAAUCUGAGGUUCUCGAUCAUGACGACUACAACAACAACGACACCAAGUCCGAGUACGACGAGUAUGAACUAUACGAGGAAGGAGGCUACGACUUUGCUGAGCGGGAACGAGCAGAGACAUGGGAAGGAAAGGCAAGGCUCCCCACUGAGAAAGGACAGAAGGGCGAGCCAGCUAUAUUUGAGCCGGGUACACUAGUGGAAGGACCACCAGGCCCACCAGGACCAGAGGGACUUCCUGGUCCAGCUGGACCAAUCGGCCCCCCGGGACCCAGGGGAGAUCCCGGUGAAGUGGGUCCCACAGGACGUCCUGGUCUUGCCGGGGCUGACGGUGUUCCGGGUCCACCAGGAACCUUGCUGAUGCUACCAUUCCAGUAUGGAGGUGAUUCCCAAAAGGGACCCGUAGUGUCCCCCCAGGAGGCACAAGCACAAGCCAUCUUGCAACAAGCCCAGCUGUCAAUGAAGGGACCUCCCGGUCCGGCGGGUCUUACAGGGCGACCAGGUCCGCUGGGUAGUCCAGGCCUUGUCGGCCACAAAGGAGACAUAGGAGACCCUGGCCCUCCGGGGCCUCAAGGGUUGCCAGGACCUCAAGGGAGCAAUGGAAAGCCAGGAAAGAGGGGGCGUGCUGGAACAGAUGGCGGACGUGGAGCUCCAGGUGAAACAGGCGUUAAGGGUGACCGAGGUUUCGACGGCCUGCCUGGACUGCCAGGAAACAAAGGACAUAAAGGGGACAGAGGAAAGCCUGGCCCACAUGGGCCUGUCGGAGAGCCAGGAGAAAAGGGAUCGGACGGACCUGUCGGACCAAGAGGACAACCUGGUGAACCCGGUCCUCGGGGUCUUGUCGGCCCGAGGGGGCCACCGGGACCACCUGGCCAACCGGGAAUCAGUGGAAUGGACGGAGUGCAAGGGUCAAAGGGGAACCUGGGUCCACCAGGAGAAACAGGACCUCCGGGACAGCAGGGAAAUCCAGGACCACAGGGAUUGCCCGGUCCCCAGGGUCCCAUUGGGCUCCCCGGAGAGAAGGGUCUCCAUGGGAAGCAGGGUAUGCAAGGACUACCAGGCAUCGAUGGCCCCCCUGGUCACCCAGGAAGAGAGGGCCCUCCAGGAGACAAAGGCAUCCAAGGGUUACUAGGCAUCCAAGGGCCAAUUGGGUACCCAGGGACCCGUGGAGUCAAGGGGGCAGAUGGUGUUAGAGGUUUAAAGGGCAGCAAAGGAGAGAAGGGAGAAGAUGGCUUCCCUGGCUUCAAAGGGGACAUGGGCCUCAAGGGAGACAGGGGUGAUAGUGGGGCUCCGGGUGCUCGUGGAGAGGAUGGACCAGAGGGGCUAAAGGGCCAAGAAGGAGCCAUGGGAGAUACAGGACCUGCUGGGAUUGCUGGUGAGAAGGGUCACCUUGGAGUCCCGGGACUGCCUGGAUACCCGGGACGUCAAGGAUCUAAGGGAUCAGUUGGCUUCCUCGGUAUGGGAGGAGCCCCGGGAGAGAAAGGACGAAGGGGUCCAGCUGGCCAGGCAGGAUCUGGAGGUCAAAGAGGUCCUAAUGGAGCCAGGGGAGGAAGAGGAGCAAGAGGUCCCACUGGGAAGCCUGGAGAUAAGGGGUCAUCUGGACAAGAUGGUCCUCAAGGGUCCCCUGGGGAACAGGGUCCCCAAGGGCCACAGGGAAGGCAUGGUGAAACAGGACCAAAAGGACCAACUGGUCCGCCUGGUAAAGAUGGACUCCCGGGUCAUCCUGGCCAGAGAGGGGAGCCGGGCUUCCAAGGCAAAAAUGGUCCUCCAGGCCCAGCAGGUGUUGUUGGACCACAGGGAAAAUCUGGUGAAACUGGACCCACUGGGGACAGGGGUCAUCCAGGUCCACCAGGACCGCCUGGUGAGCAAGGACUACCUGGAUCGGCUGGAAAGGAGGGGGCCAAGGGAGACCCAGGCCCACCUGGAGCACCAGGAAAGAGUGGCCCAGCGGGUCUCCAAGGAUUUAGAGGAAGCAGAGGCAUCCCUGGUGCAACGGGUCCUGCAGGCUUAAAAGGAGGAGAGGGUGUACCUGGUGUUGCAGGACUCAUUGGUGCCACCGGCGAGAGGGGACCCAAUGGGCCAGCUGGUGCCAUCGGACAGCCAGGGCGGCCCGGCAAUGUGGGCCCUGUUGGGCCGGUCGGAGAGAAAGGCGAACCAGGAGACAAGGGACCCGUGGGGCCGGCUGGGCAAGAUGGGGAACAAGGACCUGUGGGGCUGCCAGGGCCUGUGGGACCUCCUGGGCCUCCAGGAGAGGAUGGAGACAAGGGUGAGACAGGAGGACCCGGCCAGAAGGGAAGCAAGGGAGAUAAAGGAGAAGCAGGACCCCCAGGACCUAUUGGAACGCAAGGACCUGUGGGCCAGCCAGGACUGCACGGGGCAGAUGGCGAGCCAGGCCCUCGUGGGCAGCAGGGAAUGAACGGGGCAAAAGGAGAUGAAGGACUGAGGGGGUUUAAGGGAGCAAAUGGUCCAGCAGGCCUACAGGGAAUGCCAGGACUACCUGGAGAAAAAGGAGAAAGUGGGCAUGUUGGCUCACUGGGACCCCCAGGACAGCAUGGACCCAGAGGCCCCCUGGGGCCAAUUGGUGCAGAGGGUGCAGCGGGAAUCUCUGGUGGAGUUGGUCAGCCAGGACUUCCCGGAGAAAAGGGUGAGGAUGGAGAGGCCGGAGACCCAGGCCCAGUUGGGGAAACCGGCAGCGCUGGCGUUAAAGGAGAUGUGGGGGAGAAGGGUGACUCUGGAGCUCCUGGUACAGCUGGACCUCUAGGAAUUAGAGGAACACCAGGAGAGGAUGGACCCAAGGGCAAUUUUGGUCCUAAUGGAUUCCCAGGAGACACAGGACCCCGUGGAGAAGCUGGUGUCAGUGGAAAAGAAGGUGGAUCAGGACCUAAGGGUGACAACGGAGAACCUGGCAAAGUGGGACCCCCAGGAGCCUCUGGAGAGCCAGGUCCGCCGGGACCUCCUGGACGAAGGGGUCAUGUGGGUGCUGCAGGAACUGAAGGGAAGCAAGGAAAGAAAGGAGACAAGGGAGUAGCUGGCACGCAAGGUCCAGUGGGCAUGACAGGCCCCGUUGGACCACAAGGACACCCAGGGAAGUCUGGUCCAGAGGGACUUCGAGGAAUUCCAGGCCCUGCGGGUGAGCAAGGCUUAACUGGUGAACCAGGACAAAUUGGACCACCUGGGCCAUUGGGACCACCAGGACUUCCUGGAUUUAAAGGGGACACUGGAAUACAGGGAGAAAAAGGUCACGGUGGGUUGAUUGGACUGGUCGGCUCCCCGGGAGAACCUGGAGAGAAAGGUGACCGUGGCCUGCCUGGUGUCGAUGGUGCACAGGGGCCUAAAGGAGAUGAGGGUGUUUCUGGCCCACCUGGUCCCACUGGUCCACCGGGACCACCUGGUCUGUCGGGUGCAGGUGGAGAGAAAGGAUCCAAGGGAGAUACGGGCACCGUUGGUCCCAGAGGUGAUCCAGGCCGUGCUGGCCCUCCAGGACCCCCAGGACCAGCUGCUACUGUGGUUCAACCGCUGCCUAUCAGGGAGGGCAGGAAGAAGAAAAGACGCAACUCGAAUGGCGCCAGCGAAGCCUCAUCUAAAGAGGAGGAGGUGGAAAUCAAUAUGGAAGACUUUCUUCAGGCUGAUCAGCCUCUAGGAGAAGGAGAAGAUGGAAUGGAGGAAGUCUUUGCCACUCUUUCCUCUAUGAAAACCGAGGUGGAGCUCAUGAGGAGGCCGCUGGGGACCUUUGAGAGCCCUGCACGCACAUGCAAGGAGCUCAUGAUGGUUCAACCGGACUUCAAAGAUGGAGACUACUGGAUUGAUCCAAACCAAGGAUGCAACCGAGAUGCCAUCAAGGUCUACUGCAACUUUACAGCUGGAGGAGACACCUGCCUGGAUCCUGACAAGAAGAUUGAAAUGGUGAAACCAGCAGCAUGGAGCAAGGAGAAGCCAGGAAGCUGGUACAGUCAAUUCAGGAAAGGCAAAAAGUUCUCCUACAACGACAUGGACGGCAACACCAUACACGUGGUCCAGCUGACCUUCCUCAAGCUGCUGAGUGCCACGGCCAAGCAGCGGUUCACCUACAUGUGCCAGAACUCGGCGGGCUGGUUCGAUAGCUCAUCACGGUCCUACCGCCACGCUGUGCGCUUCCGGGGCAGCAACGACGAGGAGCUGACUCAAACCAAAAGCUCCUUCAUCCACGCCGUCCAUGAUGGAUGCCAGUUCCGCAAAGGUCAGGAAAGUACGGUUCUAGAUAUGGACUCCGCCUCCGCCGAGCUGCUCCCCAUUAUGGACGUGUCUGCGACAGACUUUGGCAGCAGCAACCAGAAGUUCGGAUUCCAAGUGGGACGUGUCUGCUUCACUGGAUAACGUCAUCGCCACAAAGACAAAACAACAAGCGAAAGCAAAACCACUGAACACUGCAAAAGAGUUUGACCACUGCGCCGAGCAAUAUUUAUUAGAUGUAUAUUAUUUAAGACUUUCUUCACAGCCCGUGUUGGCUUUACAACAUGAAGAGGACCAAAAGGGAAACUGACAUUAACCUUCACUCUUGGAGGAUGAACUGCAAAGCUACCUAAUGUUGUCAAAGACCGCCUCUGACACCUUCAUUUGCAUGCCGCCAUGUCGCUAUACUGACAAUUGCAUAUUAACUCUACACGGGCGCCAUUACCCACAUUCUGUCUGCAGCCGUGAUGAAUUUGCCUUGUUUACCGCCUUCAAGUGCAGUUUGCUACAAGUGAUUAGCAUUCAAUAGGCUAGCCAACACGACUCCAUGUUGCGGAGUAAGAAGUACUGUAUUUGUCAGGCUGACACGGUCCAAUUAAAGUGAGGACAUUCCAGGACAGGAAUUAAGAGCACGCUGAUUAAAAUAUUCUCUCGUCUCCUUUAUAGCAAGGGACAUGUCAUGCAACUCCUGUCACUUUAGCGCCACACUCGCAGGCAUUUGUUUCUCUCAUUCAUUCAUAUGUUGAAAUAUGAACGUUUCGUCGGUGCUAUUUUUUGUGUGUGUGUUUGUGUGCCUCUGGACCACAGGACGAAUUGGAGGGGGAUGGGAGGGAGGAGGCGACAAUUGCUCCCUCAGCAGAAAGAAUCACCCUCUGAGGCUAGGGACUAGUUUGCUGUAGGGGAAGGGAGGUUGCUGUCGCACAUCUUCUGGCUGAUUGUGCCCAUUUCACAGGGCCAGUGAAGGUCGCUGGGGACAUCUCAGCAAAGCUUUGAAGGGAAACUCCACUCUUACAUUCAACUCAUGGUGCGCCAUUGCUUUAGUUUUAGGUUAUUUAAGGAGAUGGCGGUGUCAAAACUGGAGCCGAGGUGACAUCACCAGUGUUUUUGACGUUAAAUGACCUGUUAUGCUCACUCUCUUUAAGAGACUCUUUUGUUUCAAAGAAAAAUGGUGCUACAGUCGGGGUGGGAAUCACAUAGUAAUUCACAAUACAGCAUGAUAAUAUGAAAAUAGAGACAUUAUGGACAUUUCACUACAUGUCAUUAAGGAAAAAACAUCACCAUUAAGUCAAUAAUUGUGAUUUCUUUAAAUACCAUGUUGACAUAAGAGAGCCCCUCUUUGGCAAGACCCAUUCAUGGAAAGAUUCAUAAUCCAAAACUACAAAAAAAGACAAAACUAAUCUUUUUUUUAAUAUUUUUUUUCCAGUAUCAAUGAAAUAACAACUGAUCAAUAGUAAACGAUUGGUUAUCAUACUUUUUAAGCUACUUAUACAGCUUCAUUGAUAACCAUUAUCUUAAAGUUAGCAUCAUAACUGUUAACUUUCCAGCAGGGUCUUUCCACCUGAGACCCUGUGAGUGACAAGAAAAAAAGCUUUUGAGGUAAAACUUGUUUGACGCCACUUUCUGGUAUGCGUCUCUAGACAACAGUUUCUCUUUACAUUCGGGUAAAUACGGUACUGUAUAUGUUUUUAAAUGGGAUGGAAGAGUCUCUCUGAAUGUUCUGAACUCCUGUUUCCACGGCAGUGUUGUAAUAAUGAGGAAAAAAGCUGCUUUGAACAAUGUUUGACACAAAGACGUGUACAGUGUUUUUAAAUGUUCAAACGUAAAACACAAAUCAUGGAUUUUCUCAAGUUUUUCUGCAAACCCCUUAAUGUUAGCAUUGCAGUGUACAUUCAAAUUCUCAUCCUUUAACACUAAAAAGUACAUUUAGUAGCUCGACAUCGGUGGUGUGGUGUGUUAAAACAAAGUAUCAACAACCUGCGCCAUUUUUGACGAUGUUGUGACUUUUUCGGAGCAGCCUGACGUGAUAAACGUUACCUUUAACGUGGAGGAAAUAUGUUUGUAUCAAUACUGUACUGUGAAAUACCACAAUAUCGAUAUUUUGCAUCCGCCAGUGUAAUGGUGGCCUUUUGUGUAAUGUUGUACAUGCCAUCUGUAAAUGACUCUUCUUUAUAAUAACAAAUGGUGCUAAAGAAUGUUUUUUUUUGCUUUUCUUCCCCUCCAAUUGAAUCUUAUUUGUGGUCAUUGGUGUGUGUGUGUGUGACAGGAAGAAAAACUCUGACCCACAUUGGGGAGAAGUUGCUUGGCCCCGCCAUGUAUAAAUCUCCAGUCCCCGAAUAUUUCUCUUUUUUCUUGUGACUUAAUAGCCGAGUUUUGAUUUGUUUGCCAAAGAACUAACGUACCCUCCCUCCCGUACUGUCCCACCCUGCUCCACCCCCACAUGUACAGAGCAUGAAUGGCAAAUAAACGUAUU